CCGCAGUUCGUGACCUUUCUCAAGAGUACCACAACGUUUUCCCAUCGUCGUUGUCAUACGCUGGCAUCCCACCGAUGCUCGACGUCGAGCACUCCAUCCAGCUUGUGCCUGACUAUCGUAUUCACCACCAGGCACCCUACAGACUCUCGAUCCCCGAGGCCACCAAACUCAAGCGUCAGCUUGAGGAGCUCCUGAGAAUCGGUUUCAUUAAACCCAACAACUCCCCAUGGGGUGCACCCGUCCUCGUUUCUUGCAAAGCGGAUGAAACUCUCUGUCUCUGCAUCGACUAUCGUGGUCUCAACCGCUACACGGUUAAGAACAGCCACCCCAUGCCUCGUUUCGAUGAGCUGUUCGACCGCCUAGCAGGUAACCGCUUCUUUAUAAAGAUUGAUCUUCGUAGCAUAUACCAUCAGAUCCGCGUCGCUGCAGCGGAUCAGCCGAAUACAUUGUUUGGAUUGCGCUUCGGCCACUACGAGUUUACGGUGAUGUCAUUCGACCUCACCAACGCACCCGUUACCUUCCAGAGGGCAAUGAACGACAUGUUCAGGGAUAUCCUGGAGCAGUACGUUCUCGUCUACUUUGACAAUAUCAUGGUCUACAGUUGUACCCUUGAGGAGCACCUCAGACACCUCCACGACGUCCUUGACCGCUUGCGCAGACAUAGCUUCUUCGCCAAGCUGAGCAACUCCCAUUGUAGCAGACCCAUCAGGCACAAGCUGAAUGGAGUGCUCGACGUCACGCACCGGUGGGAUGCCGGCGUACGAGAACGACGAUGGGAAAACGUCGUGGUACUCUCAGAUGAGGUUACGAACUGCGGGCUCCAGGUGUACACUGCACCGUGGCUAAGAGGCGCCGCAGGGAUGAGAGGCACCGGGGGGGGACGAAGCACGACGCUAGCGGGAAAGGUCAGCGUAGUGGCGGUCAAGGGCGGUGGUGUAAGGGCACCGCAAGGAGGUAUGACCGUCCAGACGGCAUCGCAAACACCCACGUCGGCCCAUAAUAGCCGCGCGCUCCUCAGCGGAAAGGACACCGCGAGGAGGAACAAAGCCCUGAGGGAGGUCCUGUUGAGGGACCUCGGGGGCCGACGCGCCAACGUGACCAGGGCGGCUGAGUGCCCGGGAAAGGGCGGAGAGGAUGAGCUGGAGGCGCUCAGCCAUAGGAAGAGUGAGAAACAACUGACCAAAGACGAUCUUGAGAAGAUAGAUCGGUAUAGUUAUGUGUCAGUAGGGCACUUCUUGGCAGAGUAUGAGCGCGCAUCGCGUAAGGUCUGGGCACUAUCAGAGCAUGACAAGUGCUUUGUCUUCCUCGUGAACUUCACGAAUGCGGAACAACGAGAUUUGAUUCGUGGAACAGAUGGGAGACUAGUAUGGGAUAAGAUCCAAGAGAACCUUGAACGGGAAGGUUUUGACCAGUACCUCUGCCAUACCCUGCGAGAAGCGAGGAAAAGAAAGAAGACGUUGGAUAGUGAGAAGACAGAGCUUGAAAAGAGGUCGAAUGAUCCUGUGGUAGACAUCUCUGAUGCUAAGAAAGAUGGAUCUCAGAAGGACGCUGAGAUCGUCAGGCGAAAUCACAGGUGGAGCAGAGAGAAGAAAAAUGAGUCGGGAGGUGAGAGAAAAGAGAUACAGGCUAGAGUGAGAGUUGCUGCAACCCAUACCUGUGAGAGGACGCUUGACGCUCUGAGCGAGAAGGGAAUAGAGGACCAAAAAAUUUUAGGGAGAAGUUUGUACAACGGUGCUGCAAACUGUAUCCGAUCUUAAUAAGGAGUGUGAUGACAAAGGAGCAUCGUCAGCUGUAAACCGAACU